CGUGGGAUUGCUCCCGCCAUAUUCGCCUCGAGAUCGGAGACGACCCGAUUGAGAGUUGUCCCUGCCAGCCCUAGCUGACUGGUGACCACCGCCCCGCUACCGUACACAAGACUGAGACCUCUCUCUCUCUCUUAGGUGGGACCUCUAAGGAGCCUUACUGCUGCUGUCUUCUAUGCAAGGAGUGGCCCUGUAGCGCAAGCGACGUCCGAGCCACUGGCCUUCUCAGACAAUUGCAAAAGUCGUUGCUUGUCGGCUCGCGGCCACUGCAAGAGCUCAGGGUCCGACUUCAGCGGCUGUCACUUGUCAGAGACUAUAGCAGGACGUCUUCGUCACGAUGACUCCAAACCCGGAUGAUCUGAAGGCGUGGGAAGGCUUAAUCGUUCCUCGAUCUUUUCAACCAUGGCUCGUAGCAACCUCUUGGGUUGUCAGUCUUGUCGGCUCACAAACAACCGUAGAGCUUCUUUCGAGAUUGACCGCUGGUCGUGGCUGGUAUAACAUUUACCUUCUCGGCGGAUCUUCAACUGUCAUGGGAAGCGUUGCGAUCUGGAGCAUGCACUUUUUAGCGAAUCGUGCCAUCUCUCUCAACCAUGGACGUCCCGGAUUUCAGAUUGACUAUAGUUACGGGUGCACGGCAGCGUCGAUAUUCCUUCCAAUCACAGUCCUCCCUUUUGCUUUCUGGGUUGUUGGUUCAACUGAACAGUUCAGCGUCAAACGAAUGGUGAUUAGCGGUACGGUCGUGGCCGGAGCCAUCUGCGGAAUGCACUAUCUUGGCCAGCAAGGUAUCGCCAAUUAUGACUGUGUCUAUCGUCCUGAGCUGGUCGUUGUCUCCGCCCUGAUUGCCGAAGCUGCAAGCCUUCUGGCGUUAAAAGUCUUCUUCAACUUGAGAAAAUCCUGGACAGAUCAUUGGUACAAGCGUGUUCCUGUUGCAAUUGUACUUGCAACAACCGUCUCUGGCAUGCACUGGACAGCAUCUGUCGGCACGAAUUAUCGCUUGAGAGCAUUUGAUGAUGCACCGAAAAAGAAUCUCUCUGGAUGGCAGAGUAUGAUUAUUGUCAUUGUUCUGUCUAUUUCUGCAUGCAUCAUUCUCAUGACGAUUGCGAUCCUUUGUCAAGUGACAAGGAAACGAACAAUGAACCGAGCUCAACAAGUUGUUGUUGCUUGUGCCACUUUUGACAGUGAAGGUCGACUCAUGACCACAGCAGAGGGCUACCUUCCCAGCGAGAAGAUCACGGAUGCGUUCGAGGAACAGUCAUUGGAAGAUAUCUUUGGCAUCGGUCAUCCGGUGUAUACCUGGUUAUUCCGUGCAACAAGAAACUGGCGAACAAUUCUGAAAUUGAUCCCGCGCAUGCGUUCACACCUGCGUGCAAACUCAAUCCUAAAAGACUCAAGACCCGGAACUUCUUCAGAUGAUGCAUCUAACUUUCCCAAUUCACCCUCAGAUACCAGCUACUCUGUGACCUUCCGUGAACUUUUCUGUGUGGCAGCAGCUUCUCUCGCAGACCAAGUACAUCAGCCUCUCGACCGCAUUGGAGUUCUCUAUGACAAGAUGAUGGUGACCGGGACAACGAAACGGUUCAGGGAUCACGGAAGAUUCUCACAGCGUCCAAUUUUUGCUUCGGAUGAUCUUGAAGCUGCGCCACCUCAACCUCCACCCGUGGUCUUCGGUCGAGGAAAGCUGCUUUUUCUUGUGCGCAGAACAAACAGAGCAGACACUGCUAGUCUUCGAGGUGCCGGCUUUAGAUUUUCGCGUAUCGACUACGUGCUGGACUUUCUCGCGAGAAGUAUGCAAGUCAACCGCGAUGAACUUGCCAACUACCUUGCCGGCAUGUACGAAUACUCAAAGACCCAAAAAUAUCUCGACCCUGGUGUGUAUAUUGCCUGCUUCGCUCUGCGUCCGAUGAGCCUCACCAAGUCAUUUGAAAUCCUUGUACGGAAAAGCGCAAGGGCUCAGCUCCCAGCAAUCUCUCUUGAUCUGGCCGAAUUGAAGCCUGGUCAAGCUGACUUUUUUGCGCAAUUUGAUGGCAUGACUGCCGCCAAGGUAGUUGAAUCGCUGGAAAAUUAUCGAUUUGGCAGAUAUUCUGGCGAUAGCGAGCUCGCCCCAGCUUUUCUUCGGUACCUGAAGCAGUUGUUGCGGUUGGUCAAUGAUCCCUGUUUCUUCAGUGCCGUUUUUUAUGGCAGACCUUGUUCAGCACCAUGCUCUCUUUCUCAGGAAAACAGUGCACGUCAAGCCACGCUCUUCGCCUUCUACAUAGCGGAUGCUCAUUUGACCGCCAAAGCUGCUGAAUGCGGCCAACUGAUGUUUUCGCCUUUCAAUUUGUUCAACGACCGCCAGAGAUGCUACGACGGUUGCCCAGACCAUGAGGCUUUUGCUCGCAGAAUGUUCCGAGAAUUUGCCCCAGUCCUGAAAAAGGAAAAGUCGAUGAAUGGCAGCAACUCGGAAAGACGAGCAUCAAACAUCGAAAGUCUGGCAAGACCAGCCGUGAAGCGGUGGUUUUCGUUUUGGCCCUUUACCAAAAAGAAGACCACGGAUGCGAGCAACACCAUUCAUCCUGAUGACGCUUCAGACUUGAAUCUUGUCCAAGUGAACAGCAGCCAACGUCACAGUGCCAUAGUCGUCCGGUCAGACUUCGCAGUCGAAGAGAGCAGGAGACCAAGCAUUGAAGAGAUUCAGGAGCUUCGCGCUUAUGGCUGUGCCACUGGCGCAGAAUUUGACGAUACGAAAAACUUUGCCGAUGUCUUGUGGGAAGCCGCGCUUGCAAGACGAGGCUCUAGAUGAUCCUGACGUCGCAUGAAAACGAUUUCGAAGUUGCGCUUGCUUUCUUAUGACUAGACCUUUUUUAAUCAUUCAUGGCGUAUUUUCGACCAUUGUUGAUACCAGUUUGGCGUCACAGGGCGUGCUU